ACCAAUGGAAUCUCAUUUUACAAAGACAUUUAUUGUUAGAAGAGGAUACACCGUAUCAUUUCGUUUCAGUGUUUUGAAAUUCCAUUCUGUACACAGUUUUUAACAGGUAUGUACAUGAUAUAGUAGAUAAACUCUUUAAAUUAUCACAGCAUACUUGAACGUCUGUGAUAUUCUUUUCAGAGAUUUACAAUGACAAUUAAUAGCAAUCCUUCACAUUACAUAAUUCAUAAACCUUCUUUUAUGCAAGGACAAGCCAGUCAGAAUAUAUUUAAAGAACAACAUAUAUACAAACAUUUCAAUGCCAGCAUUGGUGCAGUUGAUUGAAUCUUAAUUAGCACUGCAAAGAGUGUCCAAUCAUGGAAUAAGGUUUAAAACAUUAAUGUACAUCUCUCUCUCUCUCUCUCUCUCUCUCUCUCUCUCUCUCUCUCUCUAUAUAUAUAUAUAUAUAGCUCACUGUUCAUUCAAAAAUAGUAAACCAUUUGGUUUAGAGUUGUUUUUAAAAUCAGUCAGCCAUGAUCCUCCCUCACCGGCCCUUCAGCCAGUGUUAUGUAGGUAUAUUUGCACAAUGUGCUGAAAUAUUUAAACUCUAAAGGAGUGUCAUUCAAAACGUAAAUUGUAAAGUGUGUAUCUUUAACAUGUACGCCUGUGUUAAAGCUAUUUAUGUAUAUAUAUUUCAUUUCAAAGUUUGCAAGAACAAAGGUUAUAUGAGAAUACAAUGGAUGUAAAUUUAUUUGGAAAAAAGAAUGAAGAGCUGGGUAGAUUUGAUAUGUGGAGUGUGCACUAGAGGCAUAUUAACAUUUGAUGGAUUUUGUAAUGUGAUGACAAAUCUGUAACUAAUCUAAUCUAUAGAAAGCAUGUUUGAACUAUAAAUAGCCCAUCCUUUAUAUCAACCUUAGUAAGAGAUGAAUGACUUCAUUGAACAUUUCAAAUGCAGGAAAUUAAAUCGUUAUCCAUGUUCUAUAGGGGUUAUUGAUUGCAUGCUGAUACUUUUCCUAUACAGUACCAAGUAUUUCUUAUCACUUCUAUUUGUAAUAAACAAUGACAGCAGCCAUGUUAGUAAAAUGCUCUCGGAAACCUACAGCUAUUGUUUGCAGUUGCGUACAGUAUGCUAAAUAUGGUACUAUGACACACUUGGGCUGAUUGGAAAAAAAAAGGGGUGAUCAAUACCCCAGAAUAUCACAUGCUGUGUCAGUUGUAGAGGGACAUUAUCAGUUCAAUAUAUAUAUGUUUAAGGGUGAAAUUUUUGGAUUGCAAAAUUUGCAUGACCACAAUGGAAAGGAAGUUAGAUAACAGUUAGUCAGAACUGAUGUAAUAUAUACAAGACAUUCCUCAAUACUGCUUGACCUACUUUGAUUGAAAGCAAAGUUGUAAAAAGAACACUUAAAUUUCACCACUGUUAUCAGAUGGGAGAAUGGUAGCCCUCUUUGAUGGGUAGUGGAUGGUGCAUAAGAAGAAAUCCAACAAACAAUAUUUCUUAGGUAAUUAAUGGACAGAUCACAGGAGCUGGGAACAGUGGGAUAAUUGACAAUCAUGGCUCACUCGGAGGACCAGGUAGAUGGAGUGGGGAUGUCUCGUCCCAGAGAUGCUACCUAUGGACUGGACGUCAUGGACCUCCGCAAGAUUAUGGAGCACCACAAACACGAGGGGUACGACUAUGUCCAGGAGAAAUACGGCGGGGUGUUGGAGCUCUGUAAACAACUGUACACCUCUCCUAAUGAAGGUAUAUCUGGAUCCCCAGUGGACCUCGAGGAUCGACGGAAGACGUUUGGCUCCAAUGUCAUUCCUCCCAAACCCCCUAAAACCUUUCUACAACUGGUCUGGGAGGCCAUUCAGGAUGUCACCCUUAUAGUUCUUAUUGUCGCAGCUCUUAUCUCUUUAGGAUUAUCGUUUUAUCCCCAAUCGGAGUCAGAAGGCGGGGAUUCUUCCGAGUCGGAGGCAGGAUGGAUAGAGGGCGUGGCUAUUCUUGGAGCCGUAGUAGUAGUGGUCUUAGUGACAGCUUUUAACGAUUAUCAAAAAGAGAAACAAUUCCGAGGACUACAAAGCAAAAUAGAGCAUGAACAUCAAUUUUCUGUGAUUCGCGGCGGACAGGACAAAAAUAUUCCAGUAGGGGAAUUAGUAGCAGGGGAUAUAGCUCAAGUAAAAUAUGGUGAUUUGCUACCAGCAGAUGGAUUAAUUAUUCAAAGUAAUGAUUUAAAAGUGGACGAGAGUUCGUUAACGGGAGAGUCUGACCACGUGAAGAAAGGGGAGAAAACUGACCCCAUGAUGUUCUCAGGUACACAUGUGAUGGAGGGAAGUGGUAAGAUGCUCGUGACGGCGGUAGGUGUCAACUCACAAACAGGAAUCAUUUUUGCCCUGCUGGGGGCCUCAAAUGAAGACGGAGAGAAAGACAAAAAGAAGGAUAAAAAAGACAAGAACAGGUUAAAAGGCCAGGAAGGAAACGGAGCAGUGACAACUGUGGCUUAUAGAGGCACACGUUCCAAUACGGCCGGCCAGAACACACCAUCAUCCAGAAACUUUGAACAUGUGCUUUCUAGUGAUGCUGAAACAAAAGUGGAUAUUGAUACCAUUAACCCAGUGAUAACGGGAAACAAUGCCCACAACAACACAACAAACCUAAACAACAAGGGAGAGGAGGAGGCCCCAGAGGUGGAGAAAAAGGCCAAGCCCGAGACCGCUCGUAAAGAGAAGUCCGUCCUCCAGGGAAAACUCACCAAGCUGGCCAUUCAGAUAGGAUACGGAGGUACGGCUGUGGCAGUGCUAGUGGUACUGAUUCUCAUCGUCAAAUUCUGUGUGAUAGAAUUCGGUAUCAACGGCAAGUCCUGGGAAACGGAACAAACCGCCAAGUACAUUGAGACAUUCGUCUUCUACUUCAUCAUCGGAGUGACGGUGCUGGUGGUGGCCGUUCCCGAGGGUCUGCCACUGGCAGUCACCCUGGCUUUGGCCUACUCUGUCAGGAAAAUGAUGGAUGAUAAUAACUUGGUGAGACAUUUGGAUGCCUGUGAAACGAUGGGUAAUGCCACAGCCAUCUGCUCAGACAAAACUGGAACCUUGACCACCAACCGAAUGACCGUUGUCCAGUCCUACAUCGGGGGAGCCCACUACAAGAGUACCCCAAAUUUCAAUGCACUGGCCCCAACUAUUCAAGAUCUUCUGGUCAGGAGCAUAUCUAUCAACAGUGGUUAUACCUCCCGUGUCCUCCCCGACAAGGAAGGGGGACUCCCGCAGCAGCUGGGAAACAAAACGGAGUGUUCCCUGCUGGGAUUUGUCCUUGACCUUGGUCAGAAAUACCACACCAUUAGAGAUGAGGUUCCAGAGGAGGCGUUGUACAAAGUGUACACCUUCAACUCGGUCAGGAAGUCCAUGAGCACGGUCAUCAACAUGAAGUUUGGCUACCGGCUGUUUACCAAGGGAGCCUCGGAGAUUGUCCUGAAAAAGUGUAAUUUCAUUUUGGACUGUGAGGGCAAGCCGAAGCCCUUCUCAGUGGAAGAGCAGGAGAAUGUUGUCAAAAAUGUGAUCGAGCCCAUGGCUGGAGAUGGCCUUAGGACCAUCUGUAUAGCUUAUAAAGAUUACCACACUGAUGCAAGUACCAGGACUGAGGACAAUGAGGAACUGAUGAAGGAUGACCAUGACUGGGAGGAUGAGGACUCUGUUGUCCAGAAUCUGACCUGUGUCCUAGUCACUGGCAUUCAGGACCCAGUCAGAGAUGAGGUACCUGCCAGUAUAAGGCAAUGUCAGAGUGCAGGUAUUACAGUAAGAAUGGUAACCGGAGACAACGUGAACACUGCUCGAUCGAUUGCUGCCAAAUGUGGUAUACUUACACCUAAUGAGAACUUUCUGGUACUCGAUGGAAAGGAGUUCAACAAACGUAUCAGGGAUGCAAAUGGAGAGGUGAGUCAGGAACUUCUGGAUAAAAUUUGGCCAGACCUGAGAGUGUUGGCUAGAUCCUCUCCUCAGGACAAAUACACCUUGGUGAAAGGCAUCAUUGAUAGCAAGCGGACAACUAGCCGUGAAGUAGUGGCUGUCACUGGGGAUGGAACUAAUGAUGGCCCCGCCCUCAAAAAGGCUGAUGUUGGAUUUGCUAUGGGCAUCUCAGGAACUGAUGUAGCUAAGGAGGCAUCUGAUAUUAUCCUUACUGACGACAAUUUCACCAGCAUUGUCAAAGCUGUCAUGUGGGGUAGGAAUGUAUACGACAGCAUUGCCAAAUUUUUACAGUUCCAGCUGACAGUCAACUGUGUGGCUGUUAUGGUGGCUUUCUUUGGAGCCUGUAUAAUCAAUGACAGUCCACUGAAGGCUAUCCAGAUGUUGUGGGUCAACCUGAUUAUGGACACCUUGGCCUCAUUAGCUCUGGCCACGGAGCUGCCCAGUGCUGAACUUCUGAAAAGAAGACCCUACGGCAGAACCAAAGCACUCAUCUCACGAACCAUGACAAAAAAUAUUAUGGGACAUUCUAUUUAUCAACUAAUCGUUGUGUUUGUACUGCUGUUUGCAGGAAAUAAUUUGUUUGAAAUAGAUGAUGGAAAAUAUGCGAAAAUCCACGCCCCUCCAUCACAGCACUUCACUAUUAUAUUUAAUACUUUUGUUAUGAUGACGUUAUUUAAUGAAAUGAAUGCUCGAAAAAUUCAUGGGCAGCGAAACAUUUUUGAGGGAUUAAGAAGAAAUCCUGUGUUUGUAGGAAUUUGGACUGGUACAUUUGUAGCACAGAUAAUCUUAGUACAAUUUGGUGGAACUGUAUUUUCUACUAAAGCACUAACGCUAGAUCAGUGGUUCUGGUGUGUGUUUCUGGGAGUUAGCACUUUAUUAUGGGGACAGGUUAUUACAACUAUUCCAACAUCUGUCAUACCAAAGAGGAUCUGCUCCUGGGCCAGCAAGAAGCCAGAAGAGGAGGAAGAGGAUGAAGUGGAGGAAGUGGAAGAGGUGGAUGGAAUGCCUGGACGUCGUGGACAAAUCCUGUGGAUCCGUGGCCUCGCCCGUCUGCAGACUCAGAUUCGUGUUGUUAACGCUUUCCAAAUGGACUUUGACACGUCACAGUUAGACAGCUACGAUAAGAGGAGUCGACCCUCAGUAAUUAGUCUUCAAUCUUUACAAUCGGCACAACACAAGUCAGCCAUCUCUAAAAAACCCAAUCUGGCAAGUUCGCCGGAAAUUGACGAGAGCAACAACAGUCACUCCCCUUGGUUUGGAAGACAAGACAGUAUUCCUUACGCUGACGAAUAAGAUCGCAGAUAAAUGUUGAAUAUAGGUUUUAUUACAAAUUACACAUUCGGAAUAUUCCAUGGACUCUUUGUUUAACCGUUGGCUAUGAUGUUUCUUAUUGUACACCAAUGGUAUAUCCAUGUGUUAGGUCAUACAGACCAGAUUUUGCUGUUUCCUCUUACACACACAUAAAUUACUCCCAUAGAGGGUGUCUUAAUGUCUCAGUUAUUUUUAUAUACAGAGUGGCGUGCAUGAAUCUAAUUCAUCUAAUAAUUAUAACCCAAAUCUCGCGAUAUCACUAAUAUGAAUCUCAUGAUAGGACGACAAGAUGCGUUGAAUAUCAUUCAAGUUUUUCCAAGAUUCAUAAUUUAGGCGCCCCAAUACUCCCAGAAUUGUAGAACGCAGAGAGACUUUUCUGCAUGCAGCUUGAAUGUUAUGCACAUACUCACUCUCAUGUAUAUAUAAGUAUUUAUAUCGCAGUACCAUGGGGAAAAAAGAAACUGCGAUAUUUAAUAAAAGCAUGUUCUAACACAAUACAUGUCAAGUUAUUAAAACAUUAGAUAGAAUAACGGGAUGUUCUAGAUUAGUUUAUCAAUUUCGUCACCUGAAUGAAAAAAAGAUGUUUAUCGCCGAUGUAAAGUGCAUUAGAAAGAUUUCCUUUAAUUACACGCAGAGUUAUUACCCUCAAAAAUUUUCUUCGGAGCAAUGAAAACAAAAUUUGUCGAUUUUUCCACUGUUUAAAGUUGUAAGCGCUGGUACUUAUAUGGAUUGUUGUUGCAGAUGAAACUUGAUACGAUACAGCUGAUGUUGUGUGUGAAUAUUUUGCGAGUAUUUGUAAGGCAGCUAGAAUAAUUGAUAAAGACAUUAAAAAUAUAGAUUCUCCACACUGGACCCAUAGCAGUGGUUUCAAACCCUUGUGUUUCUGGUCGCUGAAAUAUCGCCAAGUCUUCGUAAAACUUCAUAAAGUCAAUCAAUCAUUGUAAUUCUCUAAUGAGCUUCCAUAAUGUUGAAUUAUCUCCCGUUUGUUGUAGACUUAGUGAAAGUCCAGACCUUUCAGGAAGGAAGUUUUAGAAAAAAAACACCCGGAAGAGGAAGUGACUGCAUAAUUGGAACUAUUUAAAUUUCUGCUUUACGUCAUUUUACACUCGGCUUUUCAGCGACUGUGCUGCGCAAAAUACAAAGAAGGACACGCUGUUUGCGCCAUUUGUAUGUAUCCCAUGAUCCAACUGUAGCGUAGUCACGUGGCAUGUCAUUCUGAAGGCAUGACUUGUUAACUAACCUAAUGUCUAUUGGUGUAAUUAUAACUUGCAAUUAUUCCUUGGUGGCGACACUUGCUGGGGUGUGAUUGAAGUGAUUGACUUAACAUAUAUUAGCAGACACAAGUAUGCAUGUGAAAUAUCUACUUCUUGCAGUGAUUUAGGUAGUCUUCAUUGUAAACACGACAUGUAUUAGGAUAUUACGUCAGUUUUAUUUUUGGACAUUUUUUCACUUAUCGUUGAUUUUAUGCAUAUUGCAUUCUAAACAUGCUAAACUCUCUGUCGAUGGAGAGUCCUUCAUCUGCUAGAGAGAACGUUGUUCGGUGUGCAGACUUCUCAUUUCCUAGGCGUGAAGACGCUGUGAAAUCUCUCACAUUUAUAGGCUAUACUCCCAACAAUGUCUCGCUGUUGUACUGUAGUAUUUGUAACUGGCACCAUCAACUGAAAAAGACACAAUUCUCGCCGUUUCUGAAUCCAAAUGCUCAAAUUUUUAAAUACUUCAUUUUCUUGUGUGCAUGUUCAUGAAAAGGUUUGGCUACCGGUUACAUGUACAAAUUCAAUGUCACAGCAAAGAUAUGAAGAACUCUAAAUUACAGUUUACAAAUGUUCAUAUCAGAAUUGUGUCGAGCGUGACAGUCUGGUACGUUAGAUAGGUAUUGUAUAUAAUAACCAGGCUAUGUGGAGUGUUUGGAAAAUCUACUUCAUUGUUGAUUUUUUUUUUUCAGUCUUGUACAUACGUAUAACACCCCUUUUCCAUCCAGUUUGAUUUUGUGAGUAGAUUAAGCAUGUUGCUAAAGUGUGGCACUGAUAUUGAAAACGAGGCUGGCGCGCAAGGUCUGCUAUCUGAUUGGCUGCUGCUUUUAUAACACCCCUUUAUGGUUAAGAGUAAACAUGUUAUCUACAAUUUAUUUAUUUAUUUUUUGAAAAACAUAACGGAUGAUGAAAUCCCGAAUAAUGAAAUCCUAAUUUGAAGUAAAGCCGUAACAACUUUUCGUAUUUUACGUUUUUGGUAAAUCUGUGCUUAAGUGAAACAUCUCCGCCCUCGAAUUGUUAUAAUUGAGUUUAUUUAGUGUUGCGAAGAUCUGCUUCUGUGUGACGUCGUUUGGUCUGACGUCGACUAGGUUUAUGUGUCACGCCCCAUUGCUUGUGAAUCUUUCCGUUUGUAAGAGUUGAAUGCGAUUUGAAGAUUACAUAUAUAUAUAAAAGUUUUGUACAAGGUUUUGUGAUAUAAGAAAAUAAGGUUUAUAUAAUUUAUUGUGUUUUUAAUCCAAAGUGUGUUGUAUUAGAAACAUGUUCAAAUAAAGAAAUAACCUUUAUACAAAACUUGAA